AUGCUUUUGAGGCUCAGUCCUUUCGCCAAGCAUUCCCAGUCACUGGUUCCCUCAACACCUUCCUCAUCAAGUCACCCUACCUCCCCUCUGGACGUCCCUGAACUACUACAACACAUAUUUUCCUUCCUCAACCAACGUGCACUCAGGACCGUCUUCCUCGUCUGUCGAAAAUGGCUCUAUCUCAGCCAACACCGUCACCGUCGUGAAGUCAUCUGGGACGUCCGCUGGGAGCACUCUUCACCCUUCAAGACUCUCACCCGACUUGGCGGCGCCGAACGUCUCGUCCUUCAUAAUGGGCAGUGGGGGUUAAGCUGGAUCAGUCUCGACCUUCGAAGUAUCCUUCAAGGCAUCCAGGCCGCCAAAGGAUACAAUCCGUUCGUACUUUUAGGAAUUACUGUCGGUACCUUGGUCAAGACUGUCAAAAGAUCGCACCCUAUCAAUGGAUUUAUUCAUCCUCUCCGCGAAUUGGUCUUUUCUACAUGGGACAUUAAGGGUGAAUGGGUUAAUUCACUCGCCUUCCCAGAGACCUUGACAAGUCUGAAGAUGGAAAAGCUCUGUGAGUUUCGUGUUGAUAUCAUAAGGAUCCUUGUCGUCUGUCCCCUCCUAGAGUCUCUGGACUUGUAUUUUGACAUGUGUGUCUGGGGUGAAGGCCCGUGCACCGACCAAGGCAAGGAUGCCCUCCCGGCUCGUCUACCGCUCCGAUCCCUAGUUCUCACGAAUCUUAAUGCUCCACAAUCCUGGCUCGAAGAUCUGCUCACUCUUACACCCAACCUCGAUACCCUCAAGCUCAUUGAUCAUGACAAGCACUACAUUAAUCAUACUAAUCGUACUUGGGAAUAUUGGGACUGGGACCGACUCCGCAACCACCUCCAGUCGCUCUCGCUGCCCCGCAAGCAACUCUUCUACGGGGAGUAUUGGUACCACAAUAAUGAGCUCGCACCACUCGAAGCCGACCUGACCAUCUGUCCCAAAGCGCAAGACCACACCUUCCUCUACUACAAUUUGACGCCAACAGUGCUCACUUUUUUGGAUGAACAGCCGGUCUUCCUGACGUCGCUCGAGAUUCUUCAACCCAAGUAUACACACUGUGUUUAUGACGGGUGGAACCUGCACAACAAACUCCCGUACACAGCCCGACCUCUCCACCAACUACUCUGCGAGUGCCCCAACCUUCGACACCUCAAGACACUAAAGAUGCACUACAUGACUGAUUUCAUGGACGUGCAUCGGCGCAUCCCUAUAUAUCCCGUACUGUCAUCAACCGACCAGGGGCAGGAGGGGUGGCUAGAGGAUGUACAAGAAGCUCUACCCCCAAACAACGUGCCUGGGAUCUGGAUCUGUCGCGGACUGGAAACACUCCACUUGGAACUACACGUGCACGACCAGGCUAUCGAGAAGGGCAAGCACCAUUCCAGGAUUCUCUACGGAUACAUCGCCACUGUUUGUCCACAGCUCAUCAAUCUUCGGAUCCGAUUCCCACAUUUCUGCCAGUCCCUAAGUAUAAAAAGCUGGUCGUCCAAAUACGAGCCCUAUGUUCUCGAGGGAGGGCUGUGUUUGCUUUCGAAACUCCAGCACCUGGAGCGUCUUUGGAUCUCGCACGGGAUCUUUGUCUGUGAGAACCCCUCAGAGUUGAACUGGUUGGCGAAGUUUGGGAGGACGGAGGAGCAUCGGGCAAGGAGGCGAGAGGUUGUUGAUGGGUGGGGAUCUAGGCUGAGAGGGGAGGCAAUGUUGGAGGCAGAUCGUUUCGAGAAAUGUGCAGGCAUCGCGGGUGAGAUACUUGGUGCAAGAGCCUUUGAUGAGGAGGUGGUGACGGGAUUGGAAAAUCUAGGUCUUCUUCAGGACGUGGUGAAUACGGUCGCAGAGAUGGAUGCUGACGAGUACAAGAUAUUACCGGAGCUGUUCAAGGUUGCCUGUGGUAUUCAUCAUGAGCGGAACCCAGAGAAGGAGAUAAAGGCCUUGUUCCACAGCCCCCCAGUCGGACUGAAGGCCAAGUUGUUGAGCAGGGUUUCUACUUCUUGA